UUCCCAGGCACAAGCAGAGUUUCCCUCGCAGGGUGGCAAAAUUUUCAUUUUCCGACAUGGCCGGUCGCGUUUGUGAGCGUGUUUAGCCCAAUUUUCCGUUUUUUUUCGUCUUGUUUUUGACUUGUAAGACUGUUAUAAUGGGUACAGUGUUAAGUUUCUCGCCGAGGGAUAGGGCUAGGCCCUUGUACACGUCGGGAAGUACGGGGGAUUUCGCUCUGAACAAUUUUUCCUACGAGCAACUGAACAAUGUCAAAAACAACCGCGAGAACACGAGCAACAAGGCUAAUUUAAGCCACUCCAACACCCACACUUUAAACAACAUAAACAACAAUGACAACGCGAGGAUCAUCUCGGAAAAGAACGCACUGGAGAAGAACCUGAAGAAGCACUCGCUCUUCAUCAACGCCUUGUCCUGGAAACGGUUCUCCACAACAAACAACAACAAAAAGAAACAGGAAAACAUCAAGAACAAGAACGUAACAGCCUUCAGACAACCGCUGGACAACAUCAAUCAAACAGUUGAUAAAAACAAGAACAUCCAGCAGCAACAACAACAGCACCAUUCGAACAAGCACCCAUCGUAUUAUGCCACAUCAAAAUCAACCUCAUCGCUGGCACUGGAUAUCGUCAGGGUAAACAAUGCAAAUAACACAAACUAUAACUUGCAUUGCGAAAAGUUAACGACGAAGCAGACGUUGCCCAGUCAGAGAGACUCGAAUCAGGUCGUGCCGGUGGCACCGCCGAAAAGAACUGUGAUCCAGGCUUCCACGUCGGAGUUGUUGAAGUGUUUGGGCUUGUUCUUGCACACGAGAUGUUACAAGCUGAAGGAUUUCCAGGCCGGGGAUGCUGUGAUGUGGCUGAGGACGGUGGAUAGGAGUUUAUUGUUACAAGGAUGGCAGGAUGUGGCUUUCAUAAAUCCCGCCAAUGUCGUCUUUGUCUACAUGCUAGUCCGUGAACUAGUAGAAGACGACGUUGAAUGCGAGCAUGAUCUCCAGGCUGUGGUUUUGACAUGCUUAUACCUGUCUUAUUCAUACAUGGGUAAUGAAAUAUCCUAUCCUCUCAAACCGUUUUUAGUAGAAGAUUCCAAGGAAAAGUUCUGGGAUCGAUGUUUAGAUAUCGUUAAUCGCCUUUCUUCCAAUAUGCUUCGUAUAAACGCUGAACCAGGCUACUUCACUGAAAUAUUCACUGAAUUGAAAGCCUGCGGCAUCAGCACGAUGGUGAGCAACUCCCUGGCGACGAUGGGCUCACAAACGGUACCAGUGGUGUCCUGCAACAGCGGGGCUACCCAGGCCGCUUGACGUAAAGAGCAGGCCACCAUCGUGAAACUUAGCUUAGCUGAAAUACCGCCAGUACCCUGCGAGGUUUAGCCAAAAUAAGGUGAUCGAGGGGUGUGUUCUGUUUCUAAGAUAUGGGGAAAGUAUCGAGGUGAUAUUUUCUUAUGCUAGUGCUUAGAAAAGGGAGGUUAUGAUACGGACGUAAAGAGAUUGUAGUAGUACCAUUCAGUUUAGAAGAAAUUUUUGAAGAAAUAUUUGUUCCUAAAAGAUUUUUUUAUUUAGAAUUAAUAAUUUCUUAAUAUAAUAACUUCCAAUAUUAAAUUUUAUUUAUGGACAAUUUUUUUUUUGAGUUUGAGGCUCAAAAAUAAACUAAUGAUCAUUAAAUACCGGGUGGAAUAAUUUUUAUUAUCUUGAAAAAGCUGUUACUAUCACAAAUAUAAAUAUUUUUUUAAACAAAGUUAAUGUUAAAACGGAUUUGUAAUUUUCAAGGUAAUUUGACGUCAUUUUUUUGGAUAUCAAGUUUCAAAUUGUUGUUGUCAAUAAUACGUAUAAAGCAGCUGCGACUGCGUUGAUUAUUUAGGUACCUUAUUUUUUUACAAACCACACGGUAUAUAAAACACUAAACUUAAGUCAAGCAGUCAUUUUUUAUGAAUACAAUUACAACUUAUUGAUAUUAUAAUGAAUGUACAGGGUGUCUCAUUUUUUUUUGAAAAUAACAGUUGUUUUUUCUCUUAUUAUUAAAAAAAAAUUCUGGUUUUAGCAAUCUGAGCUACUGUUUUGUUGAACAAAAAUGAAGAAAAAAACGUUUCGUUAAUUUCCGUGAUACAGGGUGGUUUUGAAAAUUCUGCAAUUUAAGACACCUCUCGUACCUCAUUUGUCUGACAACUAAUUCUUUUUUGAGAUAUUGCCCAAUGUUUAGGUAUUUACAUGAGACUCUCUGUAAGUAUAAUUGUCAAUAAAUUAAUUUUACAUUUUAUAAGUUUUUCAAAAAUGUAUAGUAAUGUAAAGAGGGCCAUAAUAUGUACUUUCAAAAUUAGCAUAUUUAUGUUGUUAUCAAUAUUAAUUUUAUCAAAAAAAAUUAUAAAGUGCUUACAACAUUACUGAAUGGUAGAAAAACUAUAGAUUGGUAUCUUUUAUUUUAAUAAAGUCUAUGCAUGGCGUUCUUUUGUGAAUAAUCUUGAUUGAUAUAAAUAAAAGUAGGUAUAUAUAAAAAUAAAACAAUAUUUUGCACAGAACUAUUGACUAUAAAGACUCUUAUACAAGAGGAGUCUUAAAAAAGUGCAAAUAUUUUCAGGGGUGGUAUAUUUCGACCCCAGGAACACGUCUAUGAGUUUUUUUCGCAAAAAAGAUGAAAAUCGUGCAUUUUCUUCUGAAUUUUUCUGUAUAUUUUAGAAAAUUUUUUCGAACUGCUUGUUCACCGCAUUUCAUUCACCUUUUUUCACAAGGUAUAAUUUCUUAAUCUCUGAUAUUACCAUGGUUAGGGCUUUACUCUAUGGUUACGGCACUAAAAGA